GGGCAGUGCGGAUUCCUGGAGCGGUGAGAGCUCGUAAGCGCUCCAAGCCGCUGUUGUAUUUUGCUUCCUGCCAUUCCCGACAAGGCGUGUCCACGGUGGUUACGGAGGUUGAGCUCUACUGCCUCGACCACAACAGUGCGUCGCCCCCCCGGAGGCACGAGAGCUUGGUACGCGCCGGCGGUGCGGGCAGGGCGGUGCCUGUGUGACUCAGGCGCUGCCAUUUUGAGGGGUCCGUGGUGGCUGCGCAGCUGCACUCCGCGCUCGCUCCGUGCCGAGGCAUAGGCACUCCCGCUCCCUCCUGCCCGCUCCUGCCGUCGCCCUCGAAGACGUCCCGGGACCGCCUGGCCGAAAAGAGGCUCUUCUCAGCCCUUUCAUCAUUCUUCCCGGCCGUCCCGGUCCUGUUCCGACGCCGCUCCGGGAUCUCUCUAUGCCCGCCGCCCUCCUCCGUAGGAGCCGCUAGCGCAGGGACAGCGUCCUCUUCCUCCUCCUCCUCCUUCCGCAGCCGUCGCCUCUUCCUCCUCCUUCUCUCUCCGCCACCAUUUCCCCACUCCCCGGCCCCGGGGCGCUGAGCUAGACUAUGGGGACCAGGUCGGGGCCGAGCAGCGGCAGAGCGGGCGGCCCGGUCACCGUGUCCCCUGCGGCAGGGAUGGGGGGGCUCCGCGGCUUCGUGGCUUUAUCUUGACAUGGCUCCUCUCCGUGCUGCCAGCACCGCCGCCACCUCCUCCUCCACUGCUCCUCCUGCGCCCGCCGGCUGCGGGUAGCGAGCGGGCCACGGUCCCGGGCUCUCGUCGGAGCCUCUCAGUCUCUUGCUUAACUCGGGGGGAAGCUUUGGGAGGGGUUCCUUUUUUUUUUUUUUUUUUUCUUUUGGUUUUGUUUUCCUUUGGUUUUUUGUUCCUUUCUCUCCAGGGAGAGAAGGGGAGAAAUACUUUUCCCCCCCCCUCCUCUUCUUAUCCUGGUCCGACGAAUUUGUUAACCUAAAAACUUUUUAACCCCGACUAAUCAAACAUCUGGGGAGGGGGAAAAAUGUCUGGAGAGAGGAAGAAAAUAACCUGAUAAUUGGGGAUUUGCUUUUUUUUCUGGGGUGGGUGAUUUAGAGGUUUAAGAUUGCAACCUAGGUUGCAAUUAGAAAAAAAAAAAGCAAACAAAAACCUCGCAAAAAAAGUCUGUCACCGAGAAGCAGGAGCGAAAGGCGCUCCAUGUUUUCCGAGUCGUGGCCAUGAAGUGAGAGGGGCGAGAGGCGGUGCUGCUGUGGGUGUCCCGCUGCCCCGGGCGCGGCCGCCCUGCGCGCUGAGAGAAGCCGGAGGGAAAUCCAAGAGCGCCGGCCAUGCACAGCCUCGGCUGACCGUGCUCGCAGCAGCAGCAGAGAGAGAGAGAGAGAGGGAAGGAUCCCCGGGGGAUCAGCAGCCCAGGGAGUGUAUGAGGUGUCGGGGGAGGUAGGGCUCUCCCACUGCUAGGGAGCAAGCCCGGGUUUGGGGCACUGGUUCAGGUUUAAGUCUCUCGGUGAGAUAAUACUGUCCUUUAGAAUCCCUGUCCGCCCCUUGUCAAUGGUCAUCAUGAUCCCUCUCCUCUUCGGCAGCAGUAGCCUCAGGGUAGUGAUGAGCAGGAUGAAGUUAGAAAUGACUCCGCUGUCUUCUCUCUUUGCUCCCCUGCAAACCAGCGCUGUGUUGUCUGUAGUUGAUUUUGUUGUUGUUGGCGGCAGAGAAAUGUCAUACUUCCCGGGUUGUGCACUCCUCCUUUGCACCCUUUUCUCUGCUCUCCACCAAGUGUAAUAAUUCUAAAGAAAAAGACAGGCAACAUAGCAAUAGUGGAAGGCUGAGAAUAAUAAUCAGUAGAGUCAUGAAUCUGGCUGGGGUAGAACGCAGUUUGUAAUUUCAGCUUCGGGUUUUUUUUUUUGUAAGCAGAGCAAAAGUACCCCCCCAUGGAUUGGGCUUGUGCCAGUUGCUUUUUAUUGUUCACAUAAAUUGUGAUACGAUUUGUUUGGGGUUUGUUUUCUUUUUUUCUUUUUUUUUUUUUUCCCUUCAUUCUUUCCCACUUAUUCCUGCAGCUAAACUGUUCAAAUUUUUCUCUUCGAAAUUCUUUGGGGUUUUUUUCUUGAUUUAUUGUAAAACCUCUUGUCCAGCCAUGGCUGGACAACUACUUUCUUUGUUUCUUGACCCCUCCAAUACGACAUUCUCGUAAAAUAUUGCCUGAGGUGCGGUUUUGGGUUACAUUAGCGUUUGAUCUAUUCAGUUGUGUUAGCAGGAAUCAAACGACUUGUUUCUGUUGUACUUAAGUCUUACGAAAAGGUGCCCAUAGUUAGCGACAGUUUCCAAAGGCUUUAGUACCACCUGUAUUACAAAAUGGGGGACCCAAACUCCCGGAAGAAACAAGCUCUGAAUAGACUUCGUGCUCAGCUUAGAAAGAAAAAAGAAUCUUUAGCUGACCAGUUUGACUUCAAGAUGUACAUUGCCUUUGUGUUCAAAGACAAGAAGAAAAAGUCAGCGCUUUUUGAAGUGUCUGAAGUGAUACCAGUCAUGACCAAUAACUAUGAAGAAAAUAUUCUGAAAGGUGUGCGGGAUUCCAGCUAUUCUUUGGAAAGUUCCUUAGAGCUUCUGCAGAAGGAUGUAGUACAGCUCCAUGCACCCCGCUACCAGUCCAUGCGCAGGGAUGUGAUCGGCUGUACCCAGGAGAUGGACUUCAUUCUAUGGCCUCGUAAUGAUAUUGAGAAGAUAGUCUGUCUCCUGUUCUCUCGGUGGAAGGGAUCUGAUGAACCCUUUAGGCCUGUUCAGGCCAAGUUUGAAUUUCAUCACGGUGACUAUGAAAAACAGUUUCUGCAUGUUCUGAGCCGAAAGGACAAGACUGGAAUUGUUGUCAACAACCCUAACCAGUCAGUGUUUCUCUUCAUUGACAGACAGCACUUGCAGACUCCAAAAAACAAAGCUACAAUCUUCAAGUUAUGCAGCAUCUGCCUGUACCUGCCACAGGAGCAGCUCACUCACUGGACGGUUGGUACCAUAGAGGAUCACCUCUGUCCGUACAUGCCAGAGUAAGGUACUGGCCAGCAAAAUGGGGAAGAUCACAGAAUGCAGCAGUGGAUUUUCACUUUCCUCACCACUUCAUUCUUUCAGAAUUUAGAAGAAAAUGGACUCAUGUUCAGAACACUAUACAUUGUGAAACUUGAUCAUCCUGGAUUUUUUUAAUCAUUUGUAUCUCAGAACUUUGCAAUUUUUUUUUAGAUGUUUUCUGCAUGGACCUUGUGAAAGAGAGGAUGCUCUGCACACUUCUGCACUGCAUCAGCAUCUUACUGAAAUGUGAAAUGAAGGGACUGUACAUUGAAACAAAUGUAUCCGAAAGCACAAGGUGAUCAUUUGUGGUGGUGUUCCCAUUUGUGCUGGUCAUGCCCCCUAACAUCUCUAAUGUUAACCAUCAGUAUUUUGAGGGUGAGAAGUGAAUGUAACGGGUAUAAAAGCCUUAUAGCUUUGCUGUUCAUGAUUGUAUAGAUGAGCACUAUCAUUCAUUCUAAUGAUCGAAGAAGUGGCUGUUACAAUAGGAAGUAAGUGUGGGAAAGAAAUCUUUCUUUAAAAAAAAAGCAUCUCAUUUAAUGUAUAGGCAUUUUUUUGCCUCUUUUAUUUUGCUGGGCCAUGUCUUAAGUUUACUGGCACUUUUGUUUUGGAUUACUUUCCCCAAGUUGCUGUAUAACUGUAUGAAGGUAUUCUUUUGAGUUGGAUACAUUUAUACAGAUGAGGCAGACCUGGAGUCUGAAGUUGCUAAAGCAGCUCAAAAAAAGGUAAAAUAAUAGCUGCAGAAACAAUGUUGGUAGAGGAUUAUUUUUUCUUGAGAGUUGAGACUUGUAAACUUGCAGGUGAACUGUGCAGGAAAUACUGGUUUCUAAAACAUUUCUUACAGAAAACCCAUUGAGGUUGUUUUUUUUCUUUCUUUUGGAAUAGACAUUAUAAACCAAUGUAAAAUAGUGUUUGCAGUGUCAAAAGUUGGUUCUGACAGAACAUUUUAAGAUUGUGCAAUGAUAAAAGGAAGACUACUGUAUAGUUUUGAUGACAAAAGAAGGCUCUGCUUAAGGGUUGAGUACUUUACUGGAGUAAAACUGCAUAAGCCUACUCCCUUUGGAUAAAACUAGUGCUUACCUGUUUAAAACUUGUAUUUAGCUUUUGUUUGGAAUUGGAAAAAAAUUGAAAAUUAAAUAAAUUAGGUAAAAGAUGGCUGGCUUUA